AUGAUCUUCGACAUCACCGACGACUUCUGCAAUCUGGAUUUCGAAGAUCACGAAGGAAGAUUGAUAGAAUUUGAUACACAAGAACUCUUAGAUAAGGCAAAUAGUCUCCAUUCGGGGUUUAAAAUAUUCCCAAGACACGAUAACCCGGAUUUUGAACUUUCUGAGACAUCUGUAAGUUUCUGGAAAACGCGUGCGCCAGUUGUAGGCAUAGUUGCUUACUUUGAUGAUGAUUGGGCGUGGCGGGAAUUGGGGAUGAAAUGUGCAGAGCCGAGAAUAUGGUUGCCAGAUUUGGAGGCUUCUUUGCCGGUUCAUAUGGAUAGAACUGUUCUGGAUAAAUACAAAGGGUUGGCGCAAAUCCUUGAGGGAGCUCCUUGGUAG